AUGGAAGAAUCCAUCACGAUCAUUUUAAAGAUGUUGAAAAAAUUAGCACUUUAAUAACAUAUAUUGAAAAUAAAAAUUAAAAAUGUGAUUUUUAUUGAUGAUCUCAAUAAAUAUGUAGAAAGUGUAAAUCAAACAUUUUCUUUUUUAAAUAGGGGAAUCAGAUUCAAAAAUUCUUAUUAAUUAUUUUAAAUAUACGAAUUUUGGGUAAAUAUGAGGAUGCAAUUGUUUGGAUAGACAAAGCAUUAGCGAUAGAUUCUAAAGAUUUUAAUUCCUUAUAUGCAAAAGGUAGAUUGAAACAUAAUUAUAUUAAUAGGUUUAUGUUUAAGAUUGUUAAGUAAAUAUGAGAAUGCAAUAACUUAGUUGGACAAAGCAUUAGCUUUUGAUUCUAAGCAUGUUAGUUCCUUACAUGAGAAAGGUAAAUUGAAAAUAAUAAUUUUAAUAGGUGAGUGUUUAAGAUUAUUAAAAAGAUAUAAAGAAUCUAUAUAAUUUCUGAAUAAAGCACUGUCCAUCAAUCAGAAACAUACAUUUUCUCUGAUAUCCAAAGUUAUCUUAUCAUCUAAUUUGUAGGAGAUUGUUUGUAACAGACUUAAAAAAAUAUAAAGAAGCUCUCAUUUGUUAUGA